AUGGAAUUACCUUCAAUAAACAGCUCUACUUUCACUCAUCUACGACUCUUUCAACCAAAGUCUGAGUCUUAUCAGCAGCCUUCACCGGCAGUACCCCAGCAGACCCCUGCAACAGCCACCGCAACCCGCAGCCACCAAUCUCAUACAAGGAAGGAUGGCAAUGAAUCUGGUGGUAGAUUCCCCGACAAGCUCUUUCACCUUUUAGAGAAUCCUGAUUUACACAAUGUUAUUGCGUGGUCGGAAGAUGGCAAAUUCGUCCUUAUCCAUGAUCUGGAGAAGGUUAUGGGAACUAUGUGGAGAUCUUCGGCUUACCCAACUUUCCAACGUCAGAUGAACAUUUAUGGAUUCUCACGUACUUCAACUGUAAGACGCAAUAAACCUGGUCAAGCUAAUCGCAUGAUGCCUUCUACCUGGUCUCAUCCGACUAUCUCCCGUGGUUCAACUGCAGAUGAUCUCGCCAAGAUUGAAAGGAACGCACCGCGUAGAGACCGUAAAUCUAAGAAGAGCGAUUACAGCAAGUCGUACGAUGAUGAAGAUGAUGAGUCAAUUAAGCAGAAAUCUCGUAACUCAACUACGCUCACUCCCGCCCUCAAUAACGUCUCGCUCCCUGCGUUGGAAUCGGAGUUGCCUCAUGAAUCUCGCAAGCACUUGCACAAUGAUGAAGAGGAGCACCCACCUGCUAAACGUGCAAGAAGACCUUCAGCUACACUCUCGAGAAGUGCACCUUCAGCACCUGCAAUGUCACGCAAUUUAUCAAUUACAUCUCAAUCUAACAGCAUCGGUUUACGCAGCUCAAGAAGACUCGCCUCGUCGUUACCACGCGACAAUAAGAUACAGAUGAACAACUCUUUUACUCAAAUGCGCUCACCAAAUAAGUCAGACGUGUUUAGUGACGAUGAACCUGAAAUGGCAGUCUUACUUCCUCAAAUUGAGGAUGAAGAGGAUGAAGAUAAUGUUGAGCAUUUCAAAAAUAAUGACUCAGCAUCCGGAGAAGAGCUUUCAAGUGAUGAAAGCGAAGAUGAGGACGACGCAACACCAGCUACAAGCUCUUCUUUAGGAUUAAGAACAUCAUUCGGUACGAACGCGUCAAAGGCAUCGAACACUUCAAUGGAUAUACUCGCAGCUGCAGCUUCAAUAAGAAACCCAGUCCCAACUGUCAACCGUCGUUCAUCCAACUUUUUAUCAAUGAACCCAAUCGGGAUUGAUGCGAGGAAGCAGUUCAAUAAUCUCAACGAACAAGACCCAUCUUCAUUUGAUUCAGACUCCUCCAUCUUCAAUCACCGCAGAUCAUCAUACAAGGAUUCAUUCUUACGCUCUCAACCAAACCCUAUCUCUAUACCAAAUCUGACUGAUAAUCCAGUCGGAGAUUCAAGUGAUGGUGAGAGCUUUGAUGAGGAAACUCUUAUCACUCCACCUAGUGUCGCAGCCGCUAACUAUCGUCCACCAACAUUGGAUACACUUAACAAUGUAGCUGCGAUAAAUGCUAAGAAGGAAGGUGAAAAGACACGCAAGCUUUCCUUCUUGCCUACAUUUAGUUUCUUCAAACCAUAA